UGGUGCACUAUAGGGCUCAUGUGAUCUGUCACAUGACAGCGGAUCUGCAGAAACGCAGAAUGGGCCCCCGAGCCUGCCUCCUAGGGCUCCUUGCCCUCUUCGUCGCCGGCAAAUGCAGUUACAGCCCAGAGCCUGACCAGCAGCGGACGCUGCCACCAGGCUGGGUGUCUCUGGGCCGUGUGGACCCUGAGGAAGAGCUGAGUCUCACGUUUGCCCUGAGACAGCAGAACCUGGAGAGACUGUCCGAGCUGGUGCAGGCUGUGUCGGAUCCCGGCUCUUCUCGCUACGGAAAGUACCUGACCCUAGAGGAUGUGGCUGAACUGGUCCGGCCAUCACCACUGACCCUCCACACAGUCCAGAAAUGGCUUUUGGCUGCUGGAGCCCGGAACUGCCACUCAGUGACCACACAGGACUUUCUGACUUGCUGGCUGAGUGUCCGACAAGCAGAGCUGCUGCUCUCUGGGGCUGAGUUUCAUCGCUAUAUGGGGGGACCUGCAGAGACCCAUGUUGUAAGGUCCCCACGUCCCUACCGGCUCCCGAAGGCCUUGGCCUCCCACGUGGACUUUGUGGGGGGGCUGCACCGCUUUCCCCCCACAUCAACCCUGAGGCAACGCCCCGAGCCACAGGUGCCAGGUACUGUUGGCCUGCACCUGGGGGUGACCCCAUCUGUGAUCCGUGAGCGUUACAACUUGACGGCACAAGACGUGGGCUCUGGCACGACCAACAACAGUCAAGCCUGUGCCCAGUUCCUGGAGCAGUAUUUCCAUGAUUCAGACCUGGCUGAGUUCAUGCACCUCUUCGGUGGGAACUUCGCACACCACGCAUCAGUAGCCCGUGUGGUCGGACAGCAGGGCCGGGGCAAGGCCGGAAUCGAGGCCAGCCUAGAUGUGGAGUACCUGAUGAGUGCUGGCGCCAACAUCUCCACCUGGGUCUACAGUAGCCCUGGCCGGCAUGAGUCACAGGAGCCCUUCCUACAGUGGCUCCUGCUGCUCAGUAAUGAGUCAGCCCUGCCACAUGUGCACACCGUGAGCUACGGAGAUGAUGAGGACUCCCUCAGCAGCGCCUACAUCCAACGGGUCAACACCGAGCUCAUGAAGGCUGCUGCUCGGGGUCUCACCCUGCUCUUUGCCUCAGGUGACAGUGGGGCUGGGUGUUGGUCUGUCUCUGGAAGACACCAGUUCCGUCCCAGCUUCCCUGCCUCCAGCCCCUAUGUCACCACGGUGGGAGGCACAUCCUUCCAGAAUCCUUUCCGAGUCACAGAUGAGGUUGUUGACUAUAUCAGUGGUGGCGGCUUCAGCAAUGUGUUCCGACGGCCUUCAUACCAGGAGGAAGCUGUAGCCCAGUACCUGAGCUCCAGUCCCCACUUGCCACCAUCCAGUUACUUCAAUGCCAGCGGCCGUGCCUACCCAGACGUGGCUGCACUCUCUGAUGGCUACUGGGUGGUCAGCAACCGUGUGCCCAUUCCAUGGGUGUCUGGCACCUCGGCCUCGACUCCAGUGUUUGGGGGACUCCUAUCCCUGAUAAAUGAACACAGAAUCCUCAGAGGCUCCCCCCCUCUUGGUUUUCUCAACCCACGGCUCUACCAGCAGCAUGGGGCAGGGCUCUUUGAUGUAACACAUGGCUGCCAUGAGUCCUGUCUGAAUGAAGAGGUGGAGGGUCAAGGUUUCUGCUCUGGCCCUGGCUUGACUGUGACCGGCUGGGGAACACCCAACUUCCCAGCUCUGCUGAAGACACUAAUUAACCCUUGAUCCUUUCUUGCUAGAAGAGUGGGCCUGUCCACUGCCCCACAGCUGGUGGCUCGGUCCCUGAUUCUGCACUGUUGGAAGCCCUGCUAAACCCUCAACUGUUGACUGCCGCAGCUUAUUUCCCUAACCCAGAAAUGCUGUGAGCUUGACUUGAC